AGUCACAAGAAAAGCAGGUAUUGCAGCUGCAACAGCAAACAUAAAUAUAGAAAGCAAAAGGGGGACAGAGGGAGACAAAAAUAAGGAUUGGACUAGGAUUAGAUGAAGCCAUUUUAUGUUUAAUUUGAGGAUGGGGUUUUGGAGUCCCAACUUCAGUUGUUCAGGACAAUACUGCAAUGCUGUUUUUCUGUGACACUCCAGAAAUGUUUCAUGGACUACUAAACUCCUCCUGACUUUCCAUCGGCUUUGGGGUGAGUAGUUAAUGACUUAAUUUUAAUUUUUGGGUAAAUGUAUUUUAUUUUCAGCCACAAUUAUGAAUCAAAUGUAGUUCUCAUUAAGCAGAUUGUCCCCAUUGGGUAUGUUACAUACAUCUGAUUAGACUGAUGUUAAUGGUGCAUUAAAUGUGUAUUAUGAAAUAUCUGUGGAAGAAUUCCAGUUAAAGCAUUAAAAAAAAAAACUUUUCAACAAUAGUGAAAAAAAGUGAGUCAAGCUACCAGCCCGCGGAGUCUGUGAAGUUAAGCUUAAGGCCACUAGCUGCACGGCUAACUGAGCUAACAAGCUAAUGGCAGCUAGCUACAGCCACAGAAGUUACAGAAAAAAGUACAGUCAGCAGUCUUUAAUGGCUCCUCUGCUCAGAGUCCACCCUAUUAGUGAUGACCUUUGACAUAUUCUUUUUAUUUACAUUGCACCUUUAAUAUGUAAGCGCAUUUUUACUUCCACUUCCUGUAUAUUUUGAAUGUCAGAUCUUUAUCUGCAAUGUAUAACCCGUUGGCUGAAAAAAGCAGUCGAGUAGUAAUAAUGUGUCACAUUUCACAGUUUGCGGACUGUCCUCCAUAUGAACAGCAGGUGGCGCCUGUCUGAUGUCACAUACUCUGUCCGGGUUGAACACGGCCUCGCAAACUAAACGUUUCAGGAGACAGCAGUAGAAACCCUCCCGGGCUGCAAUAAGCUUUAUAAACAACUCCCAGGAGCACAGCUCAGAUUGAUGCCUCGCGGAGCUGCAUGAGUGGGAGCCUCUGGGUGUCAGACGGGGGACAGGCGUGGCAGUGGGCUGGUCCAGGCGCACUGAGCGAUGAACAACAUCAGGGUCUAUUGACUUGGUGCGAGCUGAGGCCCUGACACAGUCUGACAAAAGAGGACAGAUUCGCUGUGAUUAAACACAUCUGCUCACCCUGAGGACGGCGGCGGGCUGUGGGUGUGCCGCACCCACUCAGAGGACGGGGUCCUGAGGAUGCACUGAGUUCCCCAACCUGCCCCUGUAAAUCACCCUCCGCUAAAUAGUAGAAGAUGAGCCAGUCCCCCACCCCGAAAGGCACCCCGGUGCAGCGCAGCCCCAGUGAUGGCGUCCCUGAGAGCCUCCAGUCUCCUCAGCACUCCACCCCUGGCUCCGGGCCCCAGCAGAAGAAACGCAUCUCCAGCCUCCUUCAGAGUCCGUCGUUCAGGGAGGAGCUGGAUGUGCUGAUCCAGGAACAGAUGAAGAAGGGUGGCAGCUCGUCCAACCUAUGGGCGCUCAGGCAGCUGGCUGAUUACAUGGCCUCACAUGGCUCUCCAGCCGCCCUGCCCGUUUCCCCCUCCAACAUGAUGAUGGUGACACCCAUCAAUGACCUGCAUGGCUGGGAGCCUGGCAGCAUGGUGAAGGGGGAGAGGUUGAUGCGCUGCAAGCUGGCCAGUGUCCACCGCCUGUUUGAUCUCUUCGGCUGGGCCCAGAUCAGCCGCACCUGUCUCACUCUGCGUGUCAGUAAAGAACAGGAACACUUCUUGGUGCUUCCAGACGGCCUGGCCUACAGUGAGGUGACUGGAUCCAAUCUGGUGAAGGUGAAUAUCCUGGGUGAGGUGGUGGAGAAGGGCAGCACCAACCUGGGCGUGGACAACGAGAAGUUCAGCCUGCACUCGGCCAUCUACUCCGCCCGGCCAGAUGUCCGCUGUCUUCUUCACCUCCACACACCGGCCACGGCUGCGGUUUCAGCUAUGAAGUGUGGCCUCCUGCCUCUCUCCCACGAGGCCCUGCUGGUUGGUGAUGUGGCUUAUUAUGACUACAAUGGAGUUAUGGAGGAGGAGGAGGACAGGGUGGAGCUGCAGAAGAGCCUGGGCCCGACCUGUAAGGUUCUGGUGCUGAGGAAUCACGGCAUCGUGGCUCUGGGGGAGUCUGUGGAGGAGGCCUUCUAUGCCAUAUACCACAUCCAGGCUGCCUGCCAGAUCCAGGUAACUGCUUUGUGCUCUGCCGGCGGUGAAAACAACCUGAUUCUGCUGGACCGCACCAUCCAUAAACCCAAUCCAACCGGCACCGUGGGCUGGGCUGGCUCCACCUUUGGACCCCUACACAAGAGCCGCAUUGGGGAGCAUGAGUUUGAAGCCCUCAUGAGAACUCUGGAUAACUUGGGCUACCGUACAGGCUACGCCUACCGCUUCCCUGUGCUGUUGGAGCGUUCGCGGACGCGGAGGGAGGUGGAGGUGCCUGCAACUGCCACAACUUUCCACCAGUUUGACGACGACGGCAUCCACCCGGCUCUGAGGCAGCACCCAUUCGCCCAGCGCCAGCAGCAGGAGAGGACCCGUUGGCUCAACACCCCCAACACCUACCAAAAAGUCAGCCAGGAGCAAGCCAGCCCGGGACACCGCACCACUUGGUUGAAGGCAGAGGAGCUGACACAGGCCGGCAGCACAGCCAUCAAGAUAGAGAACCCAAACCAGUUUGUGCCUCUUUUCACCAACCCUCGAGAGGUGAUCGAGACACGAAACAAGAUCCGACAGCAGAAUCGUCAGGACAUGAAGACAGCAGGGCCGCAGUCUCAAGUCCUCGCCAGCGUCAUAACAGUCGACAGUCCUCCGUCUCCAGUCAGCCCACCCAAAGAGCCACCAGAGCCAGAGCCUCCCAACCCCUUCAACCAGCUGACAGACCAGGAGCUGGAGGAGUAUCGCAAGGAGGUGCAGAGGAAACAGGACGGAGGGACCGACGGGGAGGGGGAGGAGGUGGCAAGUGACAAGGAGUCUCCCCCUGCAACCUCCCCCACAAAGGGCCCUCCGCCCAGCCAGCCUCCUCUCUCAGAGGAGGCUAAGACCGACUCUCCAGCCAUACAGAACGGAGGCGAGGAGGAGAAGCAGACGACUGAGGAGCUGGAGAAAGGGAUGAAGGCCCUCUCGACCAACGACACCUCCUCCACACCCGCUGCUCCACCUGCCAAACUGCAAGGUGGCACCCCUGAGGGUUCGCCCUGCAAGUCCCCAUCCAAGAAGAAGAAGAAGUUCAAGCCGCCAUCAUUCCUGAAAAAGAGCAAGAAGCAGAAGGAGAAGGUGGAGACCUGAGGCGCUCACACACACACCAGACCUCGGUGAAAUACUACUGUGAAACAUUUCUUAGUGUCUGACGGAGUAGCAGAUGAGUUAAACCACAUCAGAUCCAUUCAGACCCUGUCAGUUAAGAUGUCAAGUGCUAAACUGACACUCAGAUAUUUUACUGUAACACUGAUACUCACUGAUUUGAUCUGUGGGGUGAUUCAUUGCAAGCAGCUUAAAAAAAAUAAUGAUAAUUCUGAUAAUUCUUUUCACAUACUAUUUGACCCAGGUCGGGUACAACAUUUUGACACACUAUCUCUCACACACACACACACACACACACACACACACAUACACACACACACACACACACACACUGUAUUAAUCAUGUCUUAUUUUCACCUGCUGUGCUAUCAAACCAUUACUUAGCUUCACCGUAUAGACAGUUGGACAUGUUCUUUUCUAACACCGGGGUCACGAGUUUGAUCAUGUGCACUUGCAACUGUUUCAUACCAUUUUUAAAAUCCACAUCUUUGCAAGAAGACACAGUGGAAAUUUUAGUUCCCUCAAGAUUAUGCACCCCUUCUCCAUGUAUAGGCACUUACCAUAUGUAUAUUGACAUUCUAGUAUGUUGCAUUUCUUCAUGAUCGUAGGCAUCUUCUAGUCAUGAUUUGGUUCUAGUUAUCAGAUAGAUGUUGCAGGUAUACUAUGUGAGCACAGGUGCAGUAUGUGUAGAAAUAUACUGAUAGCUACUGAUUGUGCUCUUCUGAAUGCUGGUUUUGUGUAAAACUCAGCCUCUGACAUUAUUACAGCGGGGAUGAGCGAGGAAAAAGGCAACGGGGGGGGGAUAUACUGUCUCGCAGCAAAAAACAAGCUGCUACAGAUGCCAUUAUUACACAAAACAGGACAAAGCAUAAAGAAGUCGUUGCUUGCCGAUGCAGUUUGAAACCCAGUAAUAGAAGUUACUGAAGGUACUAAACAUUCCACUUUUCUCGAUUUCUUUCAAAUGUACGUGUGCAAAAUACCUCUUAACAGUUGUGAUUUUUUUUUUCUGUUGGAACCAGUUGCUGAUGUGUGAUGUUUGCUCAUGUUUUAAUUUAUUUUCUGGGGUUAUGGUUUCAGAGGAUAUCAGGACUGAGCGACAGGAAGUGGGAGGAGUGCAAACUGUGGGACGAUACUUCUCAGUCUGUAAUCUUUCUGUGUUUAGGAAUAUUUAUGGGACUUUUGGUCGCGCUCUUCAUUAGUGUCUUCAGUUGAUAUGGUCCCAUUGAUUGCUCAGCUGCUCAAAAAGUCACGUGUCUGUCUGGGUCCACAUCGGAAGUACACACAACGCUUCACGAUGGUUAGAUGUAAAUAAAAAAGUUGCUUUGGCACCACCUAAAGCAAGACUAUAAAUUCAUUAUUUUAACAAAACAUCAACAGGCUGCGACUUUUGUACUAAUCGCUUGACCAUAGUGGUUCACAUUCAAGCGCACCUCUCAGAGAAACAGGAAAUUGCCAUCACUGAUUGCUGUACUUGAAACAGAAUUAAUUUCACUUGUAAUUCAAACAAUGAUUCGGUGAGAGUCGACCGUAGGUGCAAGAAAGAGAACGGAGACGGGAAAAAACCGUAUAGAAACUUGGUGAUUUUAAUGCAGCCGCAUAUAGCUUCAAAUAGGAAAGAAUGAACUGAUGUAUUGUCAAUGAAAAUGUCAUCCGUCAAAAAUGAAAGGCCCCCAAGUUGUGUGUUUUAUUAAAAUGUGUGUGCUUAAAACUG